AAAAAACUACCAUUUCUUCCGAAACCAUGGCAGAAGAACCGCCUCCAGCCUGUCGCACGCCAAUUGAGACGUUUACGCGCCCGAAAAUCCGCAGAAGUUCCACCAACAACUACAAAAGCGAGCUCGAAGCACACACUCAUCAUGAGACCGACUCGCCUCAGAGACAGCUUGAGAGAAGAAAAUCAGAGGAGUCCACGUACCAGAGAAUGCUGCCGCAGUUCCACCGGCGGCAGAUGUCGAACCACCAGGACGCAGACGAUGCGGACGAUGCCGCGUCGGUGAUAUCCAGCCGUAACUACGAGCGGAUGGUGGGGCAAACUACCGACUUACAGCCGAAUCCCUCGUCGGUGCCUCGGCCGCACGCCCCCAAACAGGGCUCCACUGCGCAGGAAAGACCGGCCGAUCCAGAAAGACGUCUCUCGUUCAAGUUCGACGACUACAAGAGCCACAUGCUCCGCAAGAGUCUAGGCGACAACCAGGUUUAGCGGGUCUACCGGAGAAAAAAGAUACUGGCCCAGGCCUGAUAAUGUAGCAAACAAGGUUUUGUAAUAUGGCGCUUCGUUUUGGUACCCGACACACCAUGUAUCAUGCA